UCCCUAUACCUGAUUCGUCAGGAGAUGACGGUAUCCCAGAAGCAGCUGGGAGAGUUCUGCGAGGCCCUGAAGCAGUACCUGAAAAAUGUCUCUGCCCAAAGAGACUGCUUCCAGUGAGUCCACCUAUUUCCCUUUAUCUGUCAUUGUCAAUCUCUUAUAAUAGUGACCGUUUGUCUGCUGUGUGUGUUUUAUUUUUGGUGGAUGUAUUCCCAACCUAACUGGUUAUUUGUGGAACCCUGCUCAAGUACUUUAGCAAUCCUCAAUACACAAUUAAUACGUGACUGAUGCUCGACUCCAGUGACUUCUGCACUGACACAUUUCUCUGUUAACCCCGUUGUGAUUGUGUCAUGCCUUUACAAAUCCUCAUAUUCAUCUCUGGAGUGAUGGGCCGUGCCUUCAUAAUGCUUGUUUUGUCACAAUGCUCAGCAAGGUGCUAAUCUCAUCUCCCGGUAUAAUGGCAGGAAGGCUGAGGGGAGAGAACAUGAAUAGAUAUGAGAAAAUAAAGAGGACAAAUAAGUCAACAUUACAGUGACCUUGGUUGAGGGAGAUAGGGAGAGACAGCAAGCCUCUGAGUGCUGGUGUGUGCAGGUUAGUGAUGGUUGAGAAUCCAUCUGGCAGAGAAAGGAUGUGCUGCAUGCGGACUGAAGAGGCAAUCAGACCUGUGAGAGGUGUCUGGCCGCUGGAUAAACCUGUUAGACACACUGUUCUCCUCUGCCUCUCCACAACCAUCAUCAACCAGGAGGAAUCUCCAUGUGACAAGGGUCCAUGGAGUGGAAAAUAGGGUUGAGCAGAUUAGAGAAAGCUGGGUUUGGGUGGACAGAGCCUCUGAUCUUUUGCUCUGAGGUAGUGUGCAGCAGCCUACUACACAACCUCCAAAUACACUAGAGCACUGCUAUCGUAGGAAAGAUAUUUAUUUAUCAAGAGCUGCUUUGUAGAGAAGAUGAAAUGUAUUUCCACUACUACUGUUACUGCCGCUGCCUAUAGUACAAAUGUAUCUUCUUUCCUAUCAUGCGAAUCAACGUAGCAGCAUAUUCUUAGGCUGUGUAAGACUCUGUUCAAAAGGGCGAGUUCCUCUACAGUCUGUUUCAGAGCAGCUCCCUGGAGCCAAGUCCAGAAAAUGGGCUGCGUGUUGUCAGCAGCGUUUUGUAAUCCCAUCAUAAUGCACGUAGGGACGAUGAAUAAUUUAUCACUGAGGAAUUGGGCUCUGAGUCUGUACUGCUUCUGCUGCUGAAUAGGCCGUUUUCUCUCUCUCCCUCUCACUCACACUACCACUAUCUAGGUCUGACACUUUAUUUUCUUUACUUUUGGUUCCUAUAAGUGCUUAUAUAUGGUACUAAUACAUCCUGUCAAACUCCAUAAGAAUAUGUCCUCCUUUUUAGUCAUUGAACUCACACACUCAGAUACACACGUUGGCAAAGUUAUGGGAAGGAAGCACACACAUGAAUGUACAGACGCACACUCAAACAACCUCCCACUGUCCACAUCUUUCUUUUAGAUGGACACACACUGACUUGGACAUAAUGUUUCUUUGGUUUGAUUAAUGUGAUUGUGGAGCCUUGCACAGCAGCUGCCCGUCAAAUGAAACAAUGCAGUGGUCUAAUAUAGAUGUUACCUCCGACAGAGAGCUGCUAGCUGUAAUGGAAGCAUUCAGCAGGUCAAUAAGACAUGUCAGGAGUCUCUCCAGUGGAGUUGUGAGCUCCACUGUGAUGGAAGCAACUAUAAAACCCAGCUCAUACAGUAGAACUGUUCUACUGCACUAAACCCAAGGCACAACUCAGCCAUCUGAACCACUACUGCCCUCCAGUGGAAGAUCAUGAGUGGGAGUGAGUGGAGCUGAAGUCAAGUGACUAUGGGUGUCUACUACUAUGGUUUAUGUGGUGUGAAAGUGUUUCUUUGCUUAACUACCACACAAAACUACUACCACUUUUGCUUAUUGGCAAUUAACUCUAUUAGAAUAUUUUAUAAUUCUCCAAUGUCCACUGCCCAUUAUUGACUUUCCAGUGUCUUACUCUUUCUUUUUUAUUGCUUUCUUUCUCAGUGUGACUGCAGUGCGGCUGCCAGAUGGACUCUCCUUUGUGGUGUAUGAGUUCUGGGAUGGAGAGGAGGAGUGGAAA